GUAUUUUUCCCCAUGCCCUGGUCGAAAGUCUUAAUUCUUUUUCAUGUACCUAAAGUUUAUAGGUUACUGUAUAAAUGGGUUUAGAUUAAUAUUUAAUAUAAAAAAAUUCAAAAAGAUUAAAAAAAUUAGAAAAAGAAAUAGGGGCACUUGCUAGGAAAUUGGUUGAUCACACUUGUUUAGAACCUAAGCUACCCUCUGUAUUAUAUCUGCAUGGGGCCACCGCAAUGGAUUGUUUGGAAUUCUUCCUUUUUAUUUCGUCAAAUCACAAAUAAUUUGCAUUGUUUUUGAUCAUGUGGCCAUUAGGGAUGGAAGAAAAUCAUUUGCGAAAAAUAAUUUAGAAAUCUUCACGGGCAAAAUGCAUCCCCCUAUUUAUAUAUCUUAUUGGCUUUUUCUUCUUUUAAAAAAAAUUGUGUAACCUCUCCUCCCUCUCUCAGUAUCCUAUAAAGAUAAAAGUUGGUUUCUUGGAAGCCACUCUAGGGGCUUGGGAAUUGUUAUAAAUACAUCUUCCAGGAUUCUUUGGCUUUAGACUAAUUCAAUAUAUCUUCCACAACCAUCAUCUUCAAGAGGCAACAGUACCUCUGAAAAGGAGAAGAAAAAGAAAUAGCACUGAGCAAAAAUGACGAAGUAUUCAGUGGAGGAGGAAUUGGGCUGUGGUCUUAUGGGAGGAAUUUUCCAGCGUUGGAGCAACUGGUCGAGAAAAUCAUCCGUACCUGCAUUGCCUGCUAAAGGCAUUAACAAACCAGUCACUGAUAAGUCUAAGAAGCCUUCAACCGAUGAUUCCAGGAGGAGAAAAACCAGCUCUGAGGACUCUGUCCUUCAGGAUUUCUCCAACUUGGCUAAACCUUUACCCCAGCAGGACCAGAAACGAACCAGGAAGUCUGACUUGUUGCCACUCCGAAAUUCAAUUUCAACUUCUCACCAGAGAAAAGACAGUAGAAGAACCUCAGAUGCUGCAAGAAGCUCAAUAUCCUCAUCCUCUAGUUCAAGCCAAACAAGAGUGUCACAAACGCAGAACUUUACUAGUGAGCAGCGCAAAUUACAGAAAGAAUCCUGUGGCAGUUACUCCAAAGAGAUUGCCAAGGUAUUUACUACCGAUGCACAACAAUCAAACAAUAGCAAAGCUCUUAUUCGAGCUACUUCAAGCAAUAUAAUGCUAGUAGGCCAGUUGGGGAACUUGAGACAGCUUGGAGCUGGAAGUGCUCAAGGGAAUAAUAGUCCUAAUGCAACAACUAAAGCUGUAGAUGACUUUUAUCAGACUCUUCAAGAGGCUCGCUCCACGACAAAACCACCCGGGAAAAACGGUCCUAGUAAACUUGGUGGUUCUGUUAUGGGCAAUAUUGUAAGGCAGCCUAGUGACGACUUUAACCUUUUUCAUGGUCCUAUAAGUAGAAUGGAUCCCGAGGCAUUGAAGAUUAUGGGAAAUGAAGCAUACAAGCAGGGAAGGUUUGAAGAGGCAUUGACUUUAUACGAACGAGCGAUUUCUCUUGAUUCGAAACAGGCAACAUAUAGGUGUAAUAAGAGCGCUGCCUUGUUAGGAUUAGACCGUCUUCUGGAGGCUGUCUUUGAGUGCAAAGAAGCUAUUCAGCUUGAUCCUACAUAUUGCAGAGCUCAUCGUCGUUUGGCAACAAUUUAUCUCAGAUUGGGAGAAGCAGAGCAAGCAUUAUUUCACUACAAGCAUGCUGGCAAUCACGCUGACUCCACUGAGAUCGCUGAAGCUCAGGCUCUAAACCAACGCCUUAAAAGAUGCACUGAUGCUCAAAAAUUAAACGAAUGGAAUACUCUACUUAAGGAGACUCAAUGUGCUAUAACCUCUGGAGUUGACUCUUCACCUCAGGUCAAUGCUCUACAAGCAGAGGCUUUACUGAAGCUCCACAGGCAUCAAGAGGCCUAUACAGCCUACAUGAAAGGACCAAAUUUUGCAAUUGAAUCUUGUAUCAACCUCUUUGGCCUGGCUGUUAGUGCUUAUCUUUUAAUCAUCAGAGCAUUGGUCUACAUGGUUUCUGGCAGGAUAGAAGAUGCUGUAUUAGCAGCUCAGCAUGCAGCUAGACUUGAUCCAGGCAACAAGGAAAUAAGCCUAGUGGUGAAGAGGACUAGAGCAGUAUCGUCAGCUCGAUUGAGUGGUAACUUGCUUUUCAAGGCAUCAAAGUUCUUAGAGGCUUGCAUUGUAUACGGUGAAGGACUAGAGCAUGAUCCAUACAAUUCAGUUCUGCUAUGCAACAGAGCAGCUUGUAGAUCUAAGCUAGGCCAAUUUGAAAAGGCUAUUGAAGAUUGCACAGCUGCUCUUAACGUGCAACCUUCUUACAGCAAGGCAAGGCUAAGGAGGGCUGAUUGUAAUGCCAAGCUAGAAAGGUGGGAAGCUGCAAUUCAGGAUUAUGAGAUGUUGAUAAGAGAAACACCUGGAGAUGAGGAGGUGGCCCGAGCUCUGUUUGAGGCUCAGGUCCAGAUCAAGAAGCAGCGAGGUGAAGACAUUAAGGACAUGAAGUUUGGCUCAAAUUUGGUUAUGAUCUCCAGCAACGAGCGUUUCAGGCACUUUGUAACCUCACCUGGGAUGACUGUGGUGCUUUUUUGUAACAAAGCAAAACACAAGCAAGUGCUGCUGCUAAUGGAGCAAGUGUGCAAGAGAUUCCCAUCUGUCAACUUCCUCAAGGUGGAGGUAGAAGACCAUCCGUACUUGGCUAAGUCCGAGGCUGUAACCUCCAUUCCAGCUUUCAAAAUAUACAAAAAUGGAUCAAGGGUCAAAGAAGUUCCAGGCAAUAACCCUGAAUUGUUAGAAAGAUCAGUCAAAUUGUACAGCAGUUGAAGAAAACUAGACAAGAUCAUAGGGAACGAGUAAAGAGAAGAUGUGAAUAUGCAUGGGAAUAGGGAAACUUUGUUACCUUUUCACAAAGAAAGAAAGCAAGUUCAACAGACGAAAAAAAUAAAAGUAAAUAAUGGGGAUAAUCAUGUCUGCUCUAUGACUUUGCUGGCAUUGCACAUUAAGGUGGAAAAGUCGAGAGGCAUCAGCCCGGCACCUCAG